UGCAGGAGUGUUUAAUAGCAAAGUCUCCGUACAGGAGUGUUUAAUAGAAAGGUCAGACGCAGCUGCAGCAUCAGUAGCCACAACCACAAACUGAAGAUGCUCACGGACACCGUACGUGGGUCACUGCUGCUUCUGAUUCUAGUGGUCCCUGAUAUUGCCAAGGCUGAAAUAGAGUGCGGUAAACCACAAAUGCGUAAUCGUAUAGUAGGUGGUGAGGAUGCUACACAGGGAGCGUGGCCCUGGCAGGUCAGCUUAAGGGAAAAUGGAGAACAUUUCUGCGGUGGAUCCCUCGUCAGUAAAAAGUGGGUGGUGUCUGCUACUCACUGCUUUGGCAAUGACACCUCAUCUGUCUAUGUGUAUCUGGGGUCCCACCAACUGUCCAAAGCCAAUAUGCAGGAGGUCUCCAUUAGGGUGAAAAGGGCCAUUCAUAAUCCCAAAUUUGCAGGUGAUGGAACCAGUGGGGAUAUUAGUCUUCUGGAACUGGAAACAGAAGUUAAUUUCACAAGUUACAUCCUCCCUGUGUGUCUCCCAUCUGCUGAGGUCCAAUUUCCUACAGGAAUGAAAUGCUGGGUGACCGGCUGGGGGAACACUAGUCCUGGGGUCAGCCUGGAGAGUCCACAAACACUGAAGCAAGUACAACUGCCACUAAUUGAUGCAACCACAUGUGACAACCUUUAUCACAUCAAUUCUAAUACUAGUGAAAAUGAAACAAUCAUCUUCAAUGAUAUGAUCUGUGCAGGGUACCAAGAAGGGAAGAAAGACUCCUGCCAGGGUGACUCCGGAGGGCCUUUGGUUUGUGCCCAGGAUGGACGCUGGUUCUUGGCUGGAGUGGUCAGUUUUGGAGAGGGUUGCGGAAAUGUGAGCCGCCCUGGGGUGUACAUGAGUGUGACAUCUUACAUAGACUGGAUUGUAAAAAAUGCUCCUGACGCUUCAGCAGUUGUGCUUAAUGUUAAUUUUACAAGUUCUGGGGCUACAACAUUACCCAGCACAGCAAAUAACGGUGUUAUUAGUUUGUCAGCAGCAAUUUCCGGGGAACAAACUAAAUUUUAUGCACAACUUGGCGAUGUUCCCAGUCUUGCUACAACAUUCUGCAGUCCAUUAACUCAUGUUCUUAAUCUCCUAAUCACAUGGGUAAUGGUGCUGUUGGUCAAUUAACUAUAUAUCGUUUUAGGAAAUUGCCAAAGGGCACAAACAAGAGGUUUAAAGGGACACACAACACCUUGUUAUUGAAAUCAAUUUCUGUUGUCUUACUAUAGAAUAACAUCAGCCAAGUCUAACAUUCUUUUUAAAUAAACUAACACCUUAUUGACUAUAAUUGCUUUUCUAUAGCCAGAGUCCACCCACCACUUGCCAUAUUUAGAAGAGUGAAUCCAGGCUUGAGUUUGCAGCUGGCAAGACUAGCCACGGUCAUUGUUUUAAUACAUACUAAAUUGUUUUGCACUUGGUAGCUGCUGAAGCCAAUAAAGAAAGUAGCGGGGUUAGCCUUGAGAGGUCUGCAGGGUGCAUUUCCAGCUCUGAGAAUUAGAAAGUCCACCAAUUUCAGAGCUAAAUUGCAUGAAAAGGGGACAAGAUGAAUUAUGAAAGUUGCUUUUCUAAUUAUAACUUAAUAUUUUCUUUAAAGAUCUCAAACUGUCCUUUAAUGGUAAUAUCUUGACACACUAAAAUAUGUAAAUUAUUAAA